UCAUGGGAUAUUAUAGGACAAACAGAGACCAAAAAUAGCUUGAAAUGAUUGCUGUGUCCUGGCAAAUUGCAAAAAAAAAUAAUUGCAAGGUCUUAUGCAUGUACACGGUUUGUGCAACGUGAGAGAUGAGCGUUUUCUGUUGUUUAUGUGUGUGCCAUAAAGCAGGUUUUACUGAUGCACAAGUCAUAUGCUUUAUAUGCAGGCUUGUGUGUCCGCAGAGCAGCGGCAGAGGGCUUGUGCACUAUUGCUGUUUUUUUUUUUCUCUCGAUCAUUUCAAUCGGCUAACAGAACAAUACGAUUGGUAUUGUUGUGUUUUUUUUGUUUCACUGCUCAUCUCUUUAUUUAGAUUCAACACGUAUUAAACUCCAAAAACAGCCAUUCACGUCACUAUUAGAUACAGCCUUUUGUUUGUGAUAACCUGCAUUUUCUCAGGGCUUGGAUUUCAUAUCCACUUUCUCUUCCAGAGGAGAUGGAUUUUUUUUCACAUGCAGAAAAGCCUCACCCACAUAAGUUUGGCCCCAUGCAGUAAACAAGUUAGUUGAUUGGCUUUGCUUUAUAUACUGUGAUUUAAUAAGGAAAACACCAACGUAAGCCAGUGCGAGCAGUGUUGGUGGUACCAGUGCCAUGCUUUCCAUUGGUUCCUGUUUACAUGAUGCCCACAGGACACGCGGUGAUUGGUGGCGCUUCACACGUGACCAGGCAACUUUGUACAUUUGACAGGGAGUAGGAGGGUUUUGUGGAGAUCAGAAAAACGACAGCGCGAUAAAAAUUAGUAUUGUUGCACUUCACAAAUUAAUGACCAUGAGUUCCUACUUGAUAAACUCCAACUAUAUCGAGCCUUCCUUUCCUCCAUGCGACGAAUAUCAGCAGAGCGGAUACAUCCCCAACCCUGGUGACUACUACGAGCGGCCAAAAGAUACGGGCUUCCCCCAUCACGACGAGCCAUCCUAUCCGAGGUCAAACUACACAGAAUCGGGCUACGAUUACGGUAACGUCCCCGCCACCGGACUCGAUGAUUUCGGCGACGGGCACCACGCACAACCGCAACCGGUUCCACAGAGCCACGGUCCUCGCCUCACCGCGGCCCCAGAUGGUGGCGCAGGGGCAAAUGCCAGCAAAGACUGCAGCCUCGCCAGUGAGGUAUAUCCCGGCGUAGCGAAGGGCAAGGAGCCGGUGGUCUAUCCUUGGAUGAAAAAGGUCCACGUUAGCACCGUCAAUGCCAGUUACACUGGAGGAGUGCCCAAGAGGUCCCGCACUGCCUACACCCGCCAGCAGGCUCUGGAGCUGGAGAAGGAGUUUCACUUCAACCGGUACCUGACCCGGCGCAGGCGGGUGGAGAUUGCACACACCAUGUGUCUGUCCGAGCGCCAGGUCAAGAUCUGGUUUCAGAACCGGAGGAUGAAGUGGAAGAAGGAGCACAAGCUUCCCAACACUAAGAUCCGCUCCUCCAGCUCGGCCUCGUCCUCAGCCUCGGGGGCCCAGCAGCAGCAGAUCAAAACAGGCCAGCAGCUCGUCCCCACGCCGUGCACCGCGGGUCUAUAGUGCUUGAAUGAACCCCACCCCACAAAAAACCCAAUCCAGACUGAGAUGGCAAUUAACACAAGUGGAAUUUGAUGGACCGAUUCUCAGUAUUUUACACACAUGGUGUUCUCUCUUUCCCCUUGCCUCUGCCAUUGGGCCCCUGUCACGUCCUUUGUACCCUUUCCCUCUCCGCUCGCCCUCUCAUAUAAGCUUGAAAUUCACCUUUAAUUGCCACGGUGGCAACUGAAGUGUUUAUAUAUUUGUUUAUUAUCAUGAAAGAAGGAUAACGCACAUUCAAUAGGACUUGGAUCAAAAUGUAUCUUUACAGUUAAAACUGAGUGAGUUAAAAGUAAGUUUAAACUCAUUUUUCUAUGUUCCUUUUUUUAAUUUUUAUUAUUGCUCAUGGAAAGUUCUAAUAUACUUGAAAGAUAUUUAGCGAGACUCUAGAUGCCUGUUAGACGGAUGUUUUAGAGGUAUGGCAUCAGUCAGAGUAACAGUGUAGUUUGUGUGUUUGAGUGGGUUGGUUUACUGUUGAAUGUAGUCCAGGUGACUUUCACAUUUAAUGUACAUAGGCAAAUCAUAAUGAAGGCACAAUAAGCAAAGAAUUUCGUCAAGUAGAAUUAUGUUCGUUGGUGUUGUAAGGUCUAGUUUUAUUUGUGCUGGUCCGUCCCAUGUUGUGCUGUGUUCUAAACUGUGAAUAUUUGUAUGUGUUGUCUCAGUAAUGACUGUUGUGAUGUAGGCUAGUGUAGGCUCAAUCUGUCCUUGUGAAAUAAAUAUGUACUUCACUUAUAAGGCUGCCUUGGCUUUGGAUAUUUUGUCAUCGCAAAUGCUGAUUUGAUUUGAACGCAACAUGUAUUGUUGAAGCCGCGCGUAUUAACAUGGCAAAUGCAUUUAGAUGCCUCCCUAAAAUUAAAAAAAUUGGGGAUUGCAUUUUAAAACGCAAAACAUUUUUUUUUUCAUGCUGUCUGUUUUCAAUUCAGUAUGAAUCGGUAGAACGUUUAUUUAAAGCAUUGGAAUCAGUUAUCCUGUGUUUGGAGAUGCGUGCGUAAAAUGCAAUAGUGUGUCCGAUAUUGAGAUAAUAUACUGCGCCACACUUUCACAAUGCUUUAUAUCUCUUUUUAACUUUAUCUGAAUAGAAUCAAAAUCAUUUUGCUAAAUCUGAUGGUAUUUGCACAGGGGAUUGACUUGUUUACCAGGAUGCAAAGUUACGCAGCUUCUCUUAAAGUCAUAUUCACAGAUAUUGAAACAGUUCCAACAUUUCCAGGUGGUUAAUAUGUGCAACCUAUUUAGAAUGAAGUAUGUCUUAUAUCCAACACUUUGCAUAAAAAGUGUCGAUAUGUCUGAUUCCAUUAUGUCGUUUAAUGCUCAACACACUGGAGUUCUAAUCCGUAAAAUGUGCAUGAAUGUCAUGCGUAUUUUCGUGGAUAAAGACGAAAUAUGGAUGGAAUUCAGGAGACAAAUAUCAGCUGCUUUAGUGUUGCAGGCUUUGCUACUGGCACGGGAAUCAAACCAAACCCGAAUUGUUCAAUGUAUCCGGCCACACAUAUUGUUUUUACUUGCCAUUAUAAGGAGAUCUCUGCCAACCUCAGUGCACCAGAGUGUGAGUGUUGGUCACUACCUGCUACAUCCAAACAAUAGAGAGUUCAACCAGGGGACACGGCCGGCUCUGGCCAAUCACCGGCUCAGAGCACUUCUUCUGACCCCUGACCUCUCGACACACACAAUGUUCAGACCAUACAUCAGUGCGUGAGACCUCCGCGAGCUUUUUCUUCUCAUUUAAGAUUUACCCAGAGACAGCGCGGAAACAAAAACGGUGUUUAGGUGUGAAUCUGAGCCAUGAAUUUCCCCAAAAUUAUUCCUAGAGACAGCUCGUCUGCAAUUCAUCACAGAAACACUCCUGUCAGGCCGUGUAGAAGGGCCAGAUAUGAGCCGAAACACACUGGUAUUGUGCAUGUAAUUUAGUAUGAUUUGCCAUG